UUUGAAUGACUGAACAAUGAAAAUUCAAGGAAACUUGACAUUAUGCUUGGUCUCCCUCUGAAUUCAGUCAGACUAUCGAGCAGCACAUCAAAGACACUCAGUUAUCAACGAACCCUACUGUGUUCUGUGGGUUGGCACUUGGCACCAUGCUGAAAGCAAUAUUGCAAGUCGAUACCAUUUGGAUUGCAGGCCAGGCAGGCCCAAAUUAAUCAUUGAGCGUGAGGCACGCUUUCCAUUCACUGGAAGAAGGACGACGUGUCUUUCAGUUCUAGAUCGACGAAUUGUCUUGUCUUCUUCCUGGCUCUUGCCGCUGCUGUUCCCCACCCCCGUAAUCCUCUUGACCACACACACAACACAUUAGAGAAGCAGAGAAGGAGGGGAGAGAAUGGGAAGUGCAGCCGCACAAAUUCCGACGAGCUUUGGACAUGAACUCAGAGCCUGUCUUCGUUGCCGCCUUGUCAAAACUUAUGAUCAGUUCAGAGAGUCGGGAUGCGAGAAUUGUUCCUUUUUUAAGAUGGACGAGGAUCAUGAGCGUGUAGUUGAUUGCACAACUCCUAACUUUACUGGGAUUAUUUCUGUCAUGGAUCCGAGUAGAAGCUGGGCUGCUCGCUGGUUGAGAAUCGGAAGAUUUGUACCUGGUUGUUACACACUUGCUGUUUCAGAGGCACUUCCAGAGGACUUACAGAAUUUAUGUGAAGAUGAGCGUGUGCCCUACAUUCCUCCCAAACGUGUAUAAAUGAAUUGGUGAAGUUAUCCUGCCUGUCACUUUGGAACGUCCCAAACGAUGAAGAAUUUGCGAGUCAGAUUAGCUAGAUCCAUGAGACUUCUAUAGUACGGCUGUAUUAUCUACUCAUGAAGUGUACUAUAACUAUAUUUAUAAAGAAGAGGAACUGCCGCCAUCAUUUUGUUCUUUCAUUCGAUGCUGCUGUGACUAUGAGUGGAGACUUUGCUGAGACGGUGCUAUUGAGGUGAGAGUCUGGUGGGUGAUGGGAAAGAUGGAUUUCAGGAAAUUUCAAUAGCCAAGGAGUCGCAUGCUUAUAAUAGGAUAUGAAUUCGCAGAGGAUAUGCUUUGUUGGGCUAUGGUGAGACCCAUGCAUUGGAAAUUGUAGGCCUGAUAUUUCUAUCCAAUUAAAAAAAAGCGAUUUAAUUUCCAUGAGCAAAAAACGAAAGCGAGGAAUCACUGAAUAGCGAUCAUGGGCCACGAUUCUAUUAUGAGCGUUUGGGAAAAGAAAAAGAAAAAG